GUGUCACUCAAGAUGGAGGCACUUGCCGUGGAGGUGCGGAGGGAGGAUGGUGGAUACUAUAAGGCAUCUGUCAUCGAUGCUUGCAGACCAGAUUCGGUGCGGGUGAAGUUUGAUGAUGGCCAGCUGCAGGAGAUGGACGCCCCUCUGCAGCACGUGCGUCUGCCGUCGGCCGAGCAGUCGUCACCGCCACCUGCCGAGGGUGACGAGGUGGAGGUGUUCGCCCGACUCAAGGAGGACUCUCCGUUCGGCUGGCAUCUGGCUGUCAUCAAGAUCGUGAAGGGCGACCGGUGCGUGGUGGAGUUCACCGGCAGCCCGGAGGUGCGGCGCACGGAUAUCAUCGGCCAGGACGAGAUCCGACCCAAGAACACCCACCCGCCCAUCACCAGCAGUACCUUCUACUCCUGCGAUAUCUCCGUGCCGGAGGACCUGCGGGAGUAUGCACACCUACAGAAUGCACAUAAGGAAUUUCAGAAAGCGUGUGCGGCCGCUGUCUGUAAAUACAUCCCCGAGAGAGGCAGCAUCUUCCUUAUGGCGCGGACGGCGGCGGUCAGGACGCGCGCCGGCAUUCUUUCCGAGAUGCACUUCCGCGGUCUGAAGCAGAAGGCGCUGCUGCUGUCGCGGACACAGGAGGCGUCCCGCCACCUCGAGUCCAGCAAGGCCCAGUCCCGCUCCGGCAGUUAUACGGAGGAGUUCUCUGUGGUGGAGGACCUUAUGGGGCUAGCAAUCGGAGCCCACGGCGCCAACAUUCAGCAGGCACGCAGGAUCGAGGGCAUCUCCAACAUUGAGCUGGAGGAGAAAACUUGUACAUUCAAGAUCAUUGGAGAGACUGAGAGUGCUGUGAAGAAGGCGCGUAGUUUGCUGGAGUACAGCGAGGUAUCCAUUCAGGUUCCCCGACAGCUUGUGGGAAAAGUGAUCGGCAAGAACGGCCGGAUGAUUCAGGAGAUUGUUGACAAGAGUGGCGUGGUGCGAGUCAAGAUCGAGGGUGAGAACGAGCCCAACCCGACCACGCCGCGCGAGGAGGGUCUGGUGCCGUUCGUCUUCGUCGGCACCAUGGACGCCAUCGAGAUGGCGCGCGUGCUGCUCGAGUACCACCUGGCGCACCUGCACGAGGUGGAGCAGCUGCGCCAGGAGAAGCUGGACAUUGAGCAGCAGCUGCGCACAAUGAACGGGCCGGCCGGCGGCGCGCCCUACCCGCCACGCUCGCGCUCGGAGCGCUCUUACAGCGUCGACACGGAGGGCAGCGGCGGCGGCCGGGGCCGCGGUGGUCCCUAUCGCGGCCGGGGGCGCGGCCGCGGCGGCCGCGACAACCGUGACAACCGUGACAACCGAGACCACCGCGACCACCGGGAGCAGCGCGACAACAGGAAUCACAAGAGCGACAGGUACAACGGCCACUCGAACGGGGGCGGCGCGGGCGAGCCGGCCGCCGCCGCCGCCGUCGCCGCUGACUGGGACGAUGGUCCGGCCGGCCAGCCGGCCUCGGGCGGCGCCGAGUGGGAGGACGCGCCGCGCGCCAAACCACCGCCGUGA